AUGAAAAAUGUUACAGAAUGCUGUAACAUGAUUGUGAAUUUAUUGAAAAGAAGGAGAAAAUUAGAGCAACGAAGCAAACAAAAGAUGACUUGGUAUCUAACACAAAAGAUUUAUGAUGGCGGCCUUGCUCCUGAAGCCUCCACCUCUGCGGGAGGCCACAGCUGGACCCGCAGGAACCACGUUUCCAACCAGUAUGACAAUGACGUCACAGUUUGGAGCCCUCAGGGCAGGAUUCAUCAAAUUGAAUAUGCAAUGGAAGCUGUCAAACAAGGUUCAGCCACAGUUGGUCUGAAAUCAAAAACCCAUGCAGUGUUGGUUGCAUUGAAGAGAGCACAGUCCUCUGACCUUGCAGCUCAUCAGAAGAAAAUUCUUCAUGUUGAUAACCAUAUUGGUAUCUCAAUUGCGGGACUUACUGCUGAUGCUAGACUGUUAUGUAAUUUUAUGCGCCAGGAGUGUUUGGAUUCCAGAUUUGUAUUUGACAGACCUCUUCCUGUGAUUCGUCUUGUAUCUCUAAUUGGAAGCAAGACCCAGAUACCAACACAACGGUAUGGCCAGAGACCAUAUGGUGUUGGACUGCUUAUUGCUGGUUAUCAUGAUAUGGGCCCUCACAUUUUCCAAACCUGUCCAUCUGCCAACUAUUUUGACUGUAGAACCAUGUCCAUUGGAGCCCGUUCUCAAUCAGCUCGUACUUACUUGGAGAGACAUAUGUCUGGGUUUAUGGAGUGCAAUUUGAAUGAACUGGUUAAACGUGGUCUGCGUGCCUUACCAGAGACACUUCCUGCAGAACAGGACCUAACUACAAAGAAUGUUUCCAUUGGAAUUGUUGGUAAAGACUUGGAGGUUACGAUUUAUGAUGAUGAUGAUGUCUCUCUGUUCCUGGAAGGUCUUGAAGAAAGACCACAGAGAAAGGCACAGCCUGCUCAACCUGCUGAUGAACCUGCAGAAAAGGCUGAUGAACCAAUGGAGCAUUAAGUCACAAACCAGUCUAUAUGUGUAUUAUCAAAUAUGUAAGAAUGCAGGAGCCCUUAC